CAACAUGAGAUAAACAUGAUUUUUUGCAUCCACAGACGUGACGUGGUGACGUCUUUCUUAUUCAAUACGUCGCGCUCGAGAAGGUGGAGCUGUCUCGAAUGGGGAAAAAAAACUGAACUCCGCCUCUACCAACGCCCUGAAGAACGAAACAAGAAAGUUAAAGAGUAUUCUCAGUCCGUCCUGGCUGUGCUCAGUUGCCUAGCGGACGCUGGCCGAUCGUGUGGGACCAAACGCACGGAAGUCAUGAAACUCGUAGUGGGCACAUCUUGUGUGCUGGUGAUCUUAACGACCGCCUUCGCUUACCCAACAACGUUUCUUAAGGGACAAAGAAGAAAACAGUUGAACAACACCUUCGUUGCUGAUGAUGAUUAUGGAUGGUACGCACCAAUGGCGAUGAUACUAACCCCUUUAUCACCAGAAAGCGGAGGCCUUGUCAAACAUCGACUGGGUUCUCGAUUCCCUGCUGAUGGGAACAUCCCACUGAGCUGGUCACCUGAUCCAUGGGCGCAUCGUCUCCAACAACCACCUGCAUAUCAUUACGGUCACACACGGUUUCCAGUGGUUCACUCACCAUACGACGAUUUUCACGAGAGCCAAUGGGCUCGAAUAAUGUGGUCCUUGAUGACGACAGGAGCCGUUUACCUACCGAAGAAAGCAGUUAGUGAAAUGAGUGGGGAUUCCUAUUCCAAACUCAGUUGGCCUGUGGCUUCAGGCGGUAUAGCUGAAUCCAGGACGCCACAAGAAAAAAACAAAAAACAGAGUUCGCUUCCGUGGUUAGUCAAUCUGGCAGGUCCACCAGGUUUGCCAGGUUCCGACGGGAUAGACGGAGUCGAAGGGCGAGAUGGUAAAGAUGGCAAAGAUGGAACACCUGGGCCUGCUGGCCCAGCAGGAACUAAAGGAGACACUGGCAUACCCGGAAAAGACGGACGUGACGGGCUGAUUGGGCCACCAGGAAUUGCGGGUCCCAUAGGGCCACCAGGCCAGCAAGGGAUUCAAGGAUUGCACGGGCCACUAGGACCUCCAGGCGUACCAGGAGAAAAAGGAGAAGAUGGCAAGGACGGACGCGAUGGAUCUGACGGGACUGACGGCAAAGAUGGUACUCAUGGUGCGCCCGGUCCGGCAGGGCCUACUGGAACUCCAGGACAGUUUGGAAAAGACGGACAAGAUGGCCAACCUGGAGUUGCAGGACCACCAGGUCCUGCUGGCCAAGACGGACAAGACGGAAAAGACGGAGAGGAUGGUAAAGAUGGCAAAGAUGGUCAACCGGGACCACCUGGUCCACCUGGUACUCCUGGAAAGGACGGUAAGGACGGUACGUCUGGAACAGCCGGACAAACUGGACAAUAUGGACAGGACGGACAAGAUGGUCAGGCAGGCGCUCCAGGUCCAGUCGGGCCAGGAGGUACACCUGGAACUGGUGGCACAGAUGGUCAAGCAGGAUCAGGAGGUGUUCCAGGCGUCCCUGGAACGGCUGGAACAAGUGGAAUUCCAGGUAUACCAGGAAUACCGGGAGUGGCAGGAGAUGCAGGUGAACCGGGUGCCGCUGGUCCUGCCGGUUCGGCAGGUACUGCAGGAGCAACUGGAACAUCAGGUACGGGAGGUGCGCCAGGAUCACCCGGUGCACCGGGCGCUCCCGGAUCCCCUGGUGCGUUCUUUGUUUUAACGUGGACGGUGGGAUCGAUGGCGUACCCGAUGGAACCGACAAAUCGGACGGAAGAAGAGACGGCCGUCGAUGGCGAACUCGGCUGGUACAAGCCCGUCGCCGUCAUCCUGAAGCCGGCCACCGAACGAGAUCUGCAGGAACGACUUCUCCAAGCAGAAGAAGAAGAAGAUCCGUACAUGUUUCAUCGGUACAAUCAAUUUCGUUCAGCUCCUCCGCCUUGGCUGUCCGUUCCAGAGCAUCCGCCGUACGAUCCGUGGGCUGAUUUACAUCAGGGCAGACACUUCGGCAGGGAAGACAGGCUCAGUGACGUGUACCAGAGAUUCAAAUUGCCCAGUCACGUUCAGGGUAACUUGUUAUCACUGGCCCGGAUGGGUUUAGUUGCCAUCCCGGCCAAAGAAAUCGGCCUUCAAAAUCGGGGAAGUGUUGAAGAAGAAGAACAACAACAAAGUGUGCAAUCUCGCACACCUGAUCAUUACACGGGUAACAAGCCUCUAGUAGCUUACCCUCAACACAAACCAGGGAAAAAGGACAAAGGAGCAGUGACUUUAUUGUACGAUCUUGUUGGUCCUCCCGGCCCACCGGGUCCUGUCGGUCCUGCAGGCAAAGAUGGUACAAACGGGAUUAAUGGAAUCAACGGAGUUGAUGGUAAAGAUGGUACGGAUGGAGCGCAGGGACCUAUUGGUCCUACAGGACCGCAAGGACUUACCGGCAGGCCGGGAACGCAGGGCGCUACCGGUACCCCAGGCAUUCAAGGUGCUUCAGGAGUACCAGGUACACAGGGCCUCCAAGGCAUUCAAGGACCUACGGGACCGCAAGGCAUCCAAGGACCAAGAGGGGAUGAUGGAAAAGAUGGCAGAGAUGGAACGAAUGGAAUCAACGGAAAAGAUGGAACCCCUGGAACUGCUGGAGCAACAGGGCCACCCGGCACCCCCGGACAAAACGGCCAGGACGGGAAAGACGGAGUAGCCGGGCCGCCAGGGCCGCCAGGCCAACCAGGUGUUGCCGGACAAAAUGGAAAGGACGGGGUUGACGGUAAAGACGGUCAGGACGGAACACCGGGAGCACCCGGAUCUCAAGGACUUCCGGGAAAGGAUGGACAAGACGGGACCCCAGGAACGUUCGGACAAGACGGACAAGAUGGACAAGACGGAACGGGCGGUACCGCUGGCGUGGCAGGGGUUGCUGGUCCCGCAGGUUCAGUGGGGACGGCAGGUUCUGCUGGACCUGCUGGUGUAGCCGGAGCACCGGGAGUCCCCGGAACACCAGGAGCAGCCGGAGCACCCGGAGCACCCGGAGCACCCGGAGGGAAAUAAUCAUGAAAUAAUUAACAUUUGCCAUUUUUGUUUGUAAUUCUAUUUAAAUUAAAAAAGGGUAUGAGGUUUUGGUGCAACGGAUUGUCUGUACUCCGAUAUGGCGAUGUUCAACUAUUGUUGGUGUUAACUCUUAUCGCUGUUUCCAUCACGCAAUACACAAUGAAAUUGUUAAUUCA